GCUUAUGUCAUUGAGAUCUCGCCCUUCACGUAACGGACAGUGAACGUGCCUAACAGGGCUCGCAUUUGACACCGUGUGCUCAUCGUUCGUGAUACAGAAGGUCGACACUAGGUUGGCUGAAUUGUUUUAUCGGAUAUACCCUACUGGCCGCUUAUCCCCAAUCCAUAUUCACGUUCUGUAGCAAUCGCCGAUCAACAUCCUGCAUCCAACAUCAAGGUAAUUGAUCCAGUACACCUGAGAUACGAGAGCAACUAUGUCACUGUAUCCAUCUUUAGAAGACAUGAAGGUGGAUAAAUUCAUCCAGGCACAUAACACUCCUACUGCUAGCCCAUCUAAAGCACUGGCACUGCCAGAACCAGAGCAGGGUCAGCCUAGCCACGCUGUCUAUGAGUGUCUAUUGGAGGAGACAGGUGCCUCUGGGAGGUUGUACCCUGAGCUAAGUGAAUUUAUGGGCCUGAAUCUCAAUAUAGACACUCUGAAAACCCUGUCCACUACAGUCCCUGAACCAACUAGUGGAGGUGUUAGUGUGGUCUCGCGCAGCUCAAACUGGGCAGCUGCCCCCAUAACGGGUGGCGACCUGGGCGUGAAGAAGGCAGAGAUUCGGCAGGGCGUCAGGGAGGUGGUGCUCUGCAAAGACAUGGACGGCAAGAUCGGCCUCCGCCUCAAAGCCGUAGAUAACGGCGUGUUUGUGCAGCUGGUGCAGGCCAACACUGCAGCUGCCCUGGCAGGUCUUCGGUUUGGCGAUCAGAUCCUGCAGAUCAACGGGGAGUCAUGCGCUGGGUGGACAAGUGACCGUGCACACAAGGUGCUGAAAAUCGCCAGCCCUGAGAGAAUCACGCUCGCUGUACGAGACAGACCACUGGAACGCACCAUCACCCUCCACAAGGACAUGAACGGUCAGCUGGGUUUCAUCUUGAAGAAGGGCAGGAUCAGCUCCAUAGUGAAGGACAGCUCUGCAGCUCGCAAUGGACUCCUCACUGACCACCAGAUCUGUGAGAUCAAUGGGCAGAAUGUUAUUGGGCUAAAGGAUUCUCAAGUAUUAGACAUCCUCAGUUCUAGCGGGAAUGUUGUGACUGUGACUGUGAUGCCAGUGGUCAUUUUUGAGCACAUGAUGAAAAGGAUGUCCAACAGCAUUGUGAAGUCUCUAAUGGAUCACUCCAUUCCUGAGGUGUGAUGGGGACUUGCACCUAGCUUGGAGAAGACUCGUGUGUUGUGUGCAGCACUUCAGUUUAUAGAGGAGUGAUAUUAUGCAUACAUGCACAGUGUAAUGGAACAGAGAGUGAGAGAGAGAGAGAGAUAGCAAAAGAAAGCUGUUUUCUUUUUCCUUGCAGUAUUCGCUUCCAUUAUUAAUUAUUUCCUUUAUGUAGGAUGCGCAGUAUUUUUCGAUGUCUCAACAUCCUCAGAACUCAGUUCAUACCAAUGCUGAAAAAAUAAAUCAAGAAAGACUGAAAGAAAGAAAGCCUUUAUUUGUACAUAGCAAAGCUUAGCUGUGGUGUGUUGGCCCAAUGUGUUUUAGUCAUCGACCUUGCUAUAUUCUGGUAAACAUGCUUUCACAGUUAUGGUCCACUGAAUUUAACUUUUCAGCUUUUUUUAAAUUUAUAGUGCUAGAGAAUUCCAUUAUUUGUUUGACUGUAGUUUAUCUUUAUAAUAUGUCAAACAAUACUUGACUACUCAGUUAUAAGGACCCAUUAUAGUGUUCCUUCCUCUGUGGUUUGGCAGUUUCCUAUAUUGGAAACCUUAAAAAAAAAAAAAGUCAAAACAAUAAUGCACUUUGAUGCACAAUCUAAAAGCCAUUGUAAAACUAUGCAGAGCUGCUACAACCUUUCUUAUCAGAAGCAUUUUAAAAAUAUGACAUACAUAUUAAGAAAUAUAUUAAGGCACAUACGCUGGAACAGGAUGUAAAUGUACCCUGCUUUCAGGCUAUAUGUUUGUGGGCCUGACCUGUUGAUCUGUCAGUCAAACAUGAUAGCUCAGCAACAGGGCAGCUGCCUGCUUGAGUACAGACACUGAUGUUGAAGACCACACAUACACUAUUACAUCAAGAUGAGUUUAUCAGUUGCCUUUAUAUUGGUAACAUGUUGAUUAAGUAAAAAUUGGUUCUAUCAGGGCAUCUUACUCCAAGGGAGUACGGGCAUCUCAUUUUUUCCUAGUUUAACAGGACUGGUGGAUUAAUUUGUCUAUCUUCUUAAUUCACUAAUUCAAAAACAUCUUGACCCACUGUUAUUUUAAGUGGCUUUAAGGGCACUGUUAAGAGCAAUGGUAAGACAACCCACUACAAAACACUACAUAUUGUCCAAGAUGUUUAAAAAUUAUGUCAGCAUGUUUUUUUCAACGUAAAUAAAUCACGAACACUC